CGGGUGGCGCAGUGGUUAAGGGCGCUGUACUGCAGUGCCAGCUGUGCCAUCAGAGUCCCUGGGUUCGCGCCCAGGCUCUGUCGUAACCGGCCGCGACCGGGAGGUCCGUGGGGCGACGCACAAUUGGCCUAGCGUCGUCCGGGUUAGGGAGGGCUUGGUCGGUAGGGAUGUCCUUGUCUCAUCGUGCACCAGCGACUCCUGUGGCGGGCCGGGCGCAGUGCGCGCUAACCAAGGUUGCCAGGUGCACUGUGUACCCUCCGACACAUUGGUGCGGCUGGUUUCCGGGUUGGAUGAGCGCUGUGUUAAGAAGCAGUUGGGUUGGGUUGUGUAUCGGAGGAUACAUGACUUUCAACCUUCGUCUCUCCCGAGCCCGUACGGGAGUUGUAGAGAUGAGACAAGAUAUUAGCUACUACAACAAUUGGAUACCACGAAAUUGGGGAGAAAAAAGGGGUAAAAAAAGAAUCCUAGAGUGUCAGCUAAAGACUUAUAGAUGUUAGCAUGUUCCAGAGAUUUCUGUGUCUAUGAUAUGCAAAACACUAAACAAGAAUGGUGUUCAUGGGAGGACACCAUGGAACCACUGCUGUCCAAAAAAAACAUUGCUGCACGUCUGAAGUUUGCAAAAGAGCACCUUGAUAUUCCACAGCGCUACUGGCAAAAUAUCCUGUGGACUAAUUAAACAAAAGUUGAGUUGUUUGGAAGGAACACACAACACUAUGGAGAGAAAAAAAAGGCACAGCACACAAACAUCAACAACUCAUCCCAACUGUAAAGUAUGGUGGAGGGAGCAUUAUGGUUUGGGGCUGCUUUGCUUCCUCAGGGCCUGGACAGCUUGCUAUCAUGACGGAAAAAUGAAUUCCCAAGUUUAUCAAGACAUUUUGCAGAAGAAUAUAAAGCUAUCUGUCCACCAAUUGAAGCUCAACAGAAGUUGGGUGAUGCAACAGGACACGACCCAAAACACAGAAGUAAAUCAACAACCAGAAUGGCUUCAACAGAAGAAAAUAGUGGCCUAGUCAGAAUCCUGACCUCAACCUGAUUUGAGAUGCAGUUGCAUGACCUCGAGUGCCUCACACCAGACAUCACAAGAAUAUUGCUGAACUGAAACGGUUUUGUAAAGAGGAAUGGUCCAAAAUUCCUCCUGACCGUUGUGCAGGUCUGAUCCAUAACUACGGAACAUGUUUGGUUGAGGCUAUUGCUUCCAAAGGAGGGUCAACCAGUUAUUAAAUCCUACGGUUCACAUAAUUUUUCCACCCUGCACUGAAGGUUUACACGGUGUGUUCAAUAAAGACAUAAAUGUAUACUUGUUUAUUAGUUUAAGUUUGUUUUUCUGCAUAUUAUUUAUAGAGGGACAUAUGUCUGCAGAUAUAUUUACAGUAGAGCUCUCAGAUAUAACUGGUGUUUUGUGGUGUCUAUUCCAACAGCUGCCUUACUUUUUGUUUGUUGUCUCAGGGGGACGCUCACGCUUGCCUGGACCAUGAGCAAUGAGUCUACCGUCUGGAACAACCUCAUCGAGAACUCCACCGGGGUCCCAUUUGAGCCUGGUAAACAACAGAAUGGUUACGUCCUACUGCUGGUGCUCCUGUCCAUCUUCCUAGGGGGAACACUGGUCCUGCUGUCUGUCAUCCUAAUUGUCUCCAGACGCUGCUGUGAUGGAGACCGCAGCUAUAACAGUGCCAGCGACGACCCUGAGAAAACCAACACGACCUACACUGAGGCGUCUCAACCAGUCCAUGCAGAGAUCACCAUCCGGGUCGACGAGUCAGACUGCCUGUCGGCCGCCAGCUCCCGCAUGGACAUGGAGACGGAGCGCUUCCUGUCCACGGGCACCCAGGGCGGCCGCCGGGUCUCCUUCAACGAGGCGGCGCUCUUCAACCACGGCAAGAAGGCCCUGGAUAAAGGCCGCAGGUUCACGUUGACUGAGGGUGACUUCCACCACCUGAAGAAUGCGCGACUCACACACCUCCACAUCCCGCCCCUGGCCCUCAAGAUCGUCACUAUCCACGAGUGUGAGUCAUCAGAGAUCAGCAUCGCCAUGACGACCCGCCCCGCCGCCAAGUCCAGCCUUUCCAUCUUCCAGCCGGCACUGUGUGCCCUGCGGCCCCUACCCCAGACAGCGUUGACCAGUCUGAGUGUCAGCCCCAGCUCAGCCCUCCCUGGGGACACCCUCAACUCGGUGGUGGACUCCAGCUUCAGUGAGAGUUCCCUGGUCCCGGGACCCAAGGAGCCCAGCAGCAGCAUUGAGGUGAUGGUUUCAGGCUCCAGGAAUGGGGGCAGUCCGUCUUUGAGUGAUGGGGCGUCGGUGACGUCUGUGACGGGUGCGUCCCCUAGCGCGGGAGUGGGGCAGGGCCCGGUCCUGCAGUUCUUCACCAAGCUGAGGCGCCAUGCCAGCCUAGAGGGGGCCAGCCCAUACUUCAAGAUCAAGAAGUGGAAGCUGGACAGCAGCCAGCGGGCUUCUAGUCUGGACACCAGAGGGUCCCCUAAGAGGAGGCAGUUCCAGCGGCAGCGCGCCGCCAGCGAGAGCAUGGACCAGGAGGAUAACGACGCCCACCACAUGUACCUCAUCCAGUACAUCGCCCGCACCCAAGACGUCACCUACCACCCCAGCCCCUCCGCCCGCCUCCUCUCCCCCAAGCCACCACCCUCCCCUCGGUUAGAGGUGGAGGUGGUGGUGGAGCCCAACUGCAGCAGGGGCCAAGUGGCGGGGUUGAUCGGCCUGUCCCCAGAGUCCCAGGACGAGGCAGCGAGCCUGGGGGACUGUAGACAGGAGAGCUUGGCCUCAGACCACCAGGCCUUGUACAGAGACAUCUGGACGCUCCGGGCCUCUCUAGAGCAGUACGGCUCCUCAGACCAGAUCAACGACAGGGACUCUGUUCGCAGCGACGCCGACAGUGUCAGCUCCCUGGGGGGCCGGACCGAGAGGGAGGAACUGCCCAGUAACCCCUCCCAGGACAUCGGGGAUGAACCCGAAGGGGAUGUAGAGCUGCCCAUGGAUGAUGGGAUGGGAGAGGAGAAGGAAGAGAAGAAGAAAGGGGGGAAGCAGGACAGUGUGGAGUCAGAGAGGGUCAGUGACGGGGAGUCAGGCAAUCGUAAGCUCAUGCAGAUGGACAGUGGCUAUACGUCUAUAGAGGCUCCAUCUCGGGCGCCAGAGGAGCUAAGACUGUUUGGCAGUAGUGGCAGUAUAGACAGGACGGCCCUGGAGAAGAGACACUACUUCACCAGUGCAGGGCACACGGGCACAGUGGGCGAGAGCUUCGAAGCCCGCAUCUUCGAGGAAGAGCCAGGCGAGGAGAUGCUGGUGGGGGCGACGGGCGGCAUCGCAAUAGAAACGUCCAGGUCUCCCCUGGGCUGGUCUCCGUAUGGGCAGAUGUUCACUCCACGAGAGGUGCAGCCGCACUCCCACCCACCCUUAUCAUUACACCGCCGCGACUACAGCAUCGACAAGAAAACUGACGCGCUCUUCCAUGAAUUCCUCCGCCACGACCCCCAGUUCGACCAGCAGGAGUCACCGAGGAAACAUCGCUCGCGCAUCCACCUCCGCAAACAGUGGCAGCGCAACAAGCAGUACAGUGACCCGGGCGUUCGCUACCAGUACCACUCCUUUGAGAGGCAGCGGACCCCCCUGCGACGAGGCGAUAGCGUCAACUACCCUCUGGACACAGGCUUCCACAGCACACUGCCACGCAUCGGCAGUGCGCCUGAUGAGGAGGCCAGCGAGGGGGCCCCCAGUACCCCCCAGACGCCAAAGGCCGAGGUGGUGGCGGGCGGGGCAGGAGAGGUGGAGGAAGGAGACAGGAGGAGAGCGAGUCCCAGCAGUAGCUGUGGCAGCAGCACCGUGACCAUUAGAGACCUGGAAGGGAGGGCAUCCUGUUCCCCUCCCACUGUUCCGGAUAGAGAGGGCCUGCUAGGGGAGCAGCCCAACCCCCAGGAAGACACUAGGCAGGCGGUACACCCCCCUGAGGCCCCUUACGAGCCCCCCCAGCCUCCUGACACGGGCAACAGCCGACAGACCAUCACAGCCGAGCUGACGGACAAGCUGUGCGCCACUCUGGAUGAGCGGCUGUACACAGGCCUGCAACGGACCAAGGACACAGUGGUGGUGACAGAGUGUAUGGUGAAGGUCGUUCACGUCUCCCCCGACCACAGCCCAGUGUAGCAUGUCUCCAGUCCUCCUCCACUCCUCCCUGAUCUUUUGUGUUUCAUUUGAUUUCAGUCUACGCCGGGUAACUACAAUUUCUCUGUCUGUCUGUCUGAAUUAGCUGGUCCCAGACCAGUAACAAGAAAACAGGCUACACUACACAGUAUCAUGUAGGCUAUAUGAAGAAUACACCCCUAGAUAGUAUUUACAGUACCAUAGUGUCUCUUACUGCUGUGAUUCCUUUCUCCUCUUAGAGAAGUGAUGAUGUAAAGAGCCAGUAUGCUCUCUGCACUAGUCUAUCCACUGUGAAACUAGGUGCUAUUAGCUUUGAAAUCAUCUCAAGAUCUGGAUACAAAGUUUAUCUGGGUGUAAUAGGCCAGUCUUGACUGAUAGGCCAGCCAAGACUGUUUAAUUGUAAUGUGAUGUAAUUUAAUCUGAAUCUAUGGUACUAGGAACAGAAACAGAUGAAUUUGAAAAUGCAAUUUUUUUCCCUCAUAAACGAUCAUUAAAUGGGUAUGAAGAUGCUCUCCUAAUUUGGACACCAAAUAAAUUGCAGUAUCCAUAUUAGGACUGCCUCGUCAUAUCCACACUGGAUCAGAGAAUAUUCUUCAUCAAGUAUCCUUGUUGCUUAAUGUCUGGCCUCAUGUUUCCAUAAAAAAAAAUGUCUUACUGCUUUCCAGAAAAGUGAUGGUUGUUAGGACAUGUUGUUCUUUGUAUUUGUUGUUGUUUGUCUAUGCUUGUUUUACAUUUCACAGCUGGUUGUGACUGUAGUAACUGGCAUAUUGGAGGCCAGGGUUAGAACAACUUAAAUGACAGGUUUUUACCUCAUUCCUGUGCCAAAAAUACCUUGUUAGCUAAUGGAGGCAUCUCAAGUGUUACUGAACCAGGGGUUGGAACUAAAACAUUUUUUCCAAUCGUUUAGUUUUGAACACAACCGCAAAUCUUUCAUUUUGUUCCACUUUUCCGACCAGCAAGAGUUUAGAACCCCCAAAAAAGUACUGGUUUAUAUUGUUCCUUUUUUAACCUGUCAAAUCAUAUAUUUAAUUUCUUUACAUUUAGCUCAUUAAAUGACUUCACCAAUCAGUGCAGACAGAGCAGGCAAGCUAGUUGUUUACAUGCGUGAUGGACAGGCAAGCUAGUUGUUUACAUGCGUGAUGGACAGGCAAGCUAGUUGUUUACAUGCGUGAUGGACAGGCAAGCUAGUUGUUUACAUGCGUGAUGGACAGGCAAGUGUAGCCUAUGGUGCAAGAUGCAACAGAAAUUUUGCGGGUGGAGAGAGCGAGAGAGGGUUGAAGUGCUGGGCAUCUUGUUAUGACAUGAAUUAUCUGAAUUUGGUCCACAGAAUUAUACCUACGGAGCGGCUUCUAUGGAGGAACGUUGAAUGUCCUUCGAGCAAGCCAGCUAGUUAGUGUGUACAGAGCCACACCAUAAUUAAAAACAUAUUUUUGUAGUUAAUAAAUUCGACAUGAAACAUGCUAAAUAAGCCUAUAGUAUCCUUAACUAUCAUUGAAAAAGUUCAUCCUUUAUUUUCUAGCUAAUUAAAAAGGUCUCCUGACUUCUGAAUCAAGCUUGUAACCUCAGUACAGGAGCCUAUGCUUUGGAGAGGAGCAGGUGUCUCUCUCUCACACACCCACACAAAGAUGUUCAGCUUGCAGGCAGACACUGGAAUAAGUUUGAGUGAGGGCUUUGCAUAGGCGUUUUGUUGUGGGCCUAAAAACAAAUGCCUGGAAUGUAACAUAACGUUAUUAAUCGGUUCCAAAGCUUUGAAAAAUAACUGGUAUGUUCUGGAACAGUAAGGAUCACUUUCAUUCCAGGUUCCGUUUCUGUUCCUUGAAAUGAAAUGUUGUUCCUUUCUUCCAACCCCUGCUGUUAGAAUCACACAUCAAAGGCAAGGCUCCCUUGGCCUCCCCCACGACAGUGUUGGUUAGUGCUGGUCUAUAGCUGUAAAGGUUUAAAUGAAGGCUUUGAAUGGGGCCGAUGUUGCCCUCGCAGACAUUUGCGUUUAUUGAAUUUAUUCAUAAAGGCAUACUUUCUUGUGCAUGGGUUUACCAAACAGGCUUUAUUUGUUUGCUCACUUUCUUUUCUUUCCCCUCCUUCUCCUGUGAAAGUUGAUAACGCAGCAGCGCAUCCCUCUGGGCUAUAAGGACUGCACUUCUUGUCUGUUACCAAACCAGAACAAAGUUGUUAUUUGGAGCAAAUUCCACACCUUCUCCUUUGACAUCCUCUGUGUGGACUUUGCAACCCAAUGCCAUUCAAGUGUAACCCCAUUAUCAGAUUAUGUCUUAUGUGCCAAAAGAAGGCAAGGAAUGGCAUGCCCGUUCCAGAAUUACCUUGGAAACUAUUUUGCACUGUGUAGUGGCUGGGAGUCUGCUUCUCCUACAUCCCACAAUCAGCAGGAAUAUUUGAUCAAAAACAAGGGGAGUCCCCCUCCCGUAGUUGAAGUCCACUCUGCCUGGUCUAUUGCUGAGGGUGUAACACAAUUAAGAUAGAGAAAUUGCCGUAAAUGGAAAAGAGGGAGAUAUUUCUAGCUUUCAUUUCCCUCCUUUUGGGUGUGACCGUGCUACUUCACAGCCCCGGUGAAUCAGAUAUGUUUCCUCUAAUAGGGACAUCAGAUACCUCCUUGUUAUAGCUGAGUGGACUCACAGGCAGAAGGUACCUUAACUCAUUAGGGGAACAAUGGCCUAAGAUGAAAGCUGGUGAGAGGGCUUGAAUUGGUCUUCUAGCUUGGAGGCUAGUGAUAUCCUUCCUUUCUCUCACCUACUUCACAUAGCCCACACAGUAGACAGUGCACAUUAUGUCACCAUGGGAAGGAAACCCAGGGGCUUCACAUGUCUCAGCACCAUUUUGUGUCAUUACCAGGUGCCUUUUAUGGAGGUGUUAGAACGUCAAGGAAUGAGACGGAUCCUUUCGCCAGUCGCCUUGGGAACAAACAAGAUCAGAUGCCUUUGAGGUUACUGGUUACUCAGCAUUCUCUGAUUGUCAGUAAUGAGAGGAAUGGUGCAUCAUUUCUGGACUUAGCAAGGGGGUGAGAACACCAACCUAAUGAAAAAGAUUAGAGGCGCAAAUAAAUUAGUACAUUUGUACAAAGAGUAACUUUGUUGUGUAUACAAGCACAAUGUUGCAGGAACUAGUGUAGUCUCUUUUAUUAGGUGUAGACGUAACUGGGGACACUGUGGUGAAAGACGUUUUGUACACAAGUAGCCUGUCCAAUGCAUUGACGCAUUACUGUGCAUAGGUUUGCAUGAUAAUGAAUCGUUUUAGUACAUAUAUUCAUGAUUUCUCAGAACUACUGCACCAAAUGAAUGAUUCCAUGGUCGUCGGUCGACAGAACAGACAUUUAAAUCAUCACUGGUACUUAAUCUACCUUUGUUGUUUAGGAGUCAUGCCAUGCUAACUGAUAAUCUACAAUUGAGUUUUAUUUCCAUGAAAGACAAAAAUAUACAAUCUAUUUCUGUAUUCCUGCUUGUUAUAACUGCUAUAUUUCUCAAACUAGUUAAGUAGAGCUUUAUAAAUAACUGAUUUGUUGACCCAUAACUAUAUGAGCCUUGAGGGACCAAACAAUUAAACCGUUAUUUGGCGAUUUUCCAAUAAGUAAAUAAAUGAAUAAAGGCA